CCACAAGCAACUAGCAGUAGCCGCCGCCGCUUCAGCCCAACCAACACACGUCACUAUAUAAGAUCGCUGAACUCUGUCUGAUUCCCAAUACCAAAAGCCAACAAAGUGCUUUCCUCGCUUUAAGCACUUUUCCCCUCUGCCUCGCAUCAAAAUUCCGACUUCUGAUUCAAAACCAACGGUCCCGAUCAACCUCUCCGUCCUCCCCUGUUUCUGCAACUUCACACUCCCCACCCCCAACUGAUCAAAUUUCCACAAAAACCACUUCAUGGGUGUCUCCAUUUCCGAUUUCUCCCUAUUUUUCCUGAUCAUGUUCGUAAUUUCAUCCGCAAGUCUGCAGCUUGGAGCAGAAUCCAAGACUUUCUGGGCCGACAUUGAAGCUCUCAAGGAGUUCAAGAACUCACUCGACCCCGGCUCAGUGCGUCCGGGCUCGUGCGUCAGCUCCUGGGACUUCAACCUCGACCCAUGCGACAACCUCUUCAGCGACCGGUUCACCUGCGGCUUCCGCUGCGACAAGGUUGACUCCUCGUCGUCAGUCAGCAGGCUCACCGAGCUCACCCUCGACCAGGCCGGCUACUCCGGCUCGCUCUCCUCCCUCUCCUGGAACUUCCCGUAUUUGCAAACACUCGACCUCUCCAAUAACUUCUUCUCCGGGUCGAUCCCCGAGUCGCUCUCCAACUUAACAGGGCUCAUUCGACUCGGUCUCUCCGGUAACUCGUUCUCCGGCGCAAUUCCCGACUCAAUUGGAUCGCUUUCGAACCUCGUGGAGCUUUUUCUCGACAACAACCGCCUCGAGGGCGCAACCCCAUCGAGCUUGAACGGCCUGGCGGGGUUGCAGCGGCUCGAGCUCCAAGGGAACCUGCUCAGCGGCGAGUUUCCCGAGUUGGGUUCUCUUCAGAACCUAAGCUACUUAGACGCCAGCAACAACGCCAUCUCCGGAGGUGUCCCACUAAAUUUCCCGACAUCUCUGCUCCAAAUCUCCAUGCGAAACAACAGCCUAGUAGGAAACAUCCCGGAAAACAUCAAACAGUUGGGUUUUCUGCAAGUGCUCGACCUGAGUCACAACCAACUCGGCGGUGCCGUCCCCGGCCACCUCUUCAACCACCUGUCGCUACAGCAGCUCACUCUCUCCUUCAACCAAUUCAUGUCCGUAAAGCCCCCGGUUUCUCCUUCUCCGGGCGCCCAGAGCGCGCUCAUUGCACUAGACCUCAGCAACAACGAGCUCAGCGGAAUGCUACCGCUGUUCAUGGCGGCGAUGCGGAAGCUCUCGGCAUUGACGCUGGAGAACAAUAAGUUCACGGGUAGGAUUCCGACCCAGUACGCGCUUAAAGUGGCGGUGCCCGGAUCCGGAGUCUCAAAGCUCGAGAGGCUCCUGCUGGGUGGGAAUUACUUGUCCGGACCCAUCCCGCGUCCUCUGCUCGGGUUAAAACCCGGUUCGGCGAAUGUGGUUUUGGGCAAUAAUUGCCUGUACAGGUGUCCCAGGAUUUACCAUGUUUGUAAAGGUGGCGAUCAGAAAUCGUAUCAUAAGUGUAGAAGCUUCCGCCGAUAAAUAAUAACAUGAAUAAAUAUUAUUCAUGUAUUUAUUGUAAUUUUAUUUUUUUAAUAAAUGAUAUUUUUACACUAA